GAGCGCACAGUCUUUGAGGCUGAGCUGGUUGGUGCUAGCCUCGCCAUCGACAUCAUCGCCAGCACGAAGCGGUUGACGCGGGCUGCCGUCCUCCUGGACUCGCAAGCGGCCAUACAGGCCCUUCGGGGGUCGGGUACCAAGGCGGGACAGCAACUGGUCCAUGAGUUCUGGGUGCGUGUGCACCGGCUGCGUGCCAGCAGACGCACGCUUUCUCUUAUCGUCGCCUGGGUACCCGGGCAUGUCGGAGUGGAGGGUAACGAGCGGGUGGACGCAGAAGCGAAGGCUGCCGCUGAAGGCUGUGGCGAUACCCCCCUGCACGACAAGCGUGGCUUGCUCAAUGGACCGCUCCCAGUUAGCAGGUCAGCGGUCAUCGCAGCGGAAAAGUCGCGCGUGCAGCAGCAGUGGUGCCGCCGC